AUGGUUGGCUGCAGGUGCUGGACUGCGGAUCUGUGGUGGCUUUCACACGCCAGUGUUGGAGCGGCUGUUCUCUUCUUAUUCUUCAAUCUUGGCGGAGCCAGCGUCCGGCCAGGUAGGGCAGCUGCCCAGGCUCCGCCCGACCAUGCUUCACCAUCUCGCGAUGGAGAUCUUCUAUGGCCAUCUUCCGACACACCAUACCGUAAACAGAUACACACCGCAACACCACUCUUGCCUUUCCGGUUUCCGUUCAAUCAAUUAUCGGUUGUGGUGUUGAAUUUGUUGUUUCGUGCUAUGUCCACCAAGUGUUCGGCUGGUUAUCGUCACAUUGAUUGUGCUCAAGUCUAUGGCAACGAGAAGGAGAUUGGCUCUGUAUUGAAGAAACUGUUUGAUGAUGGCGUAGUGAAACGUGAAGAUUUGUGGAUUACCUCGAAACUCUGGAAUACUGAUCAUGCUCCAAAAGAUGUACUGCUGGCAUUGGAUAGGACUUUGAAAGACUUACAGAUUGAUUAUGUUGAUUUGUAUCUUAUCCACUGGCCCGCUCCGCUGAAGAAAGGAUCCGUAGGUAUCAAGCCUGAAAAUCUUGUGCAACCAAAUAUUGCCAGCACAUGGAAGGCAAUGGAAUCACUCUAUGACUCUGGCAAGGCGCGAGCUAUAGGUGUAAGCAAUUUCUCCACCAAGAAGUUGGGGGAUUUGCUGGCGGUUGCUCGUGUUCCUCCAGCUGUCAAUCAAGUCGAGUGCCACCCUUCUUGGAGGCAGGACAAGCUGCAGGAUUUUUGCAAUUCGAAAGGUGUCCAUCUCUCUGGAUAUUCACCUUUGGGUUCCCCUGGAACCACCUGGCUUAAUGAGCACGAAAGCGAUGCCAUAUGGUUUUCCAGAGGAACUAUUGAAAGGUAA